AUGAAGGUUACAACCACCCUCUCCAGUGCUAAGGUACCCCCAUCGAACAUUUCUACAGAGGAACGCAAAGCUUUAAUUUCCUUGCAGAAAGACCAGGACAUCAUGAUCUUGUCUGCAGACAAAGGAAGAUGCACUGUCAUUCUAAACACACAGGACUACCACUCCAAAGUGGCCACCCUCCUCAGCGACACAGCCACUUCUGAAAAACUGAAGAGAAAUCCCACCAGCAACUACAAACAACAGCUAAUUAGCUAUUUACAAAAACUGGAAAAAGAUCAAUUAAUCAACCGCAAACUCUACUUCCAGCUCUACCCCGGAGAGGCCACUCCAUGCCUUUAUGGACUCCCGAAAAUACACAAAGAAGGAGUCCCCCUCAGACCCAUUGUCAGCAGCAUCAAUUCGGUCACAUACAAGGUGGCGAAACACCUGGCCCACAUCUUGGCGCCACUAGUUGGACACAGUCCUCAUCACAUCCACAACUCUCAGGAUUUUGUGAACAAAGUCAAGGAAAUCAUCAUGGACCCAGAUGACACCAUGGUCUCCUUUGAUGUCACCUCUUUGUUUACGUGCAUCCCCACCUCAGAAGCCACUCAGAUGGUAUAAAGAUGCCUUUCACAGGACAACACACUCAAGGACAGAACCAAUCUCUUUCCAGACCACAUUUGCGAUUUAUUAGACCUUUGCCUAAACACUACGUACUUUCAAUAUAAGGAAAAUUUCUACAAGCAGAAGCAUGGCUGUGCCAUGGGAUUGCCGGUGUCUCCCAUUGUGGCCAACCUGUAUAUGGAAGACGUAGAAAGAAGAGCUUUGAUGUCCUUCCCUGGAACACCUCCCUCCCACUGGUUCAGAUAUGUGGACGACACUUGGGUUAAGAUCAAGACCCAGGAAGUGGAACGGUUCAUGGAUCACAUCAACGCAGUGGACCACUACAUCAAGUUCACACGGGAGGACACCAGCAGAAACAAUCUAGCUUUCUUGGACUGCUCUGUCCACAUUGAGGGUGACAGAAGCCUUAAUGUGGAAGUAUACAGGAAGCCCACCCACACAGACCAAUACCUCCUGUUUGACUCACACCAUCCACUGGAACACAAGAUGGGAGUCAUCAGAACCUUACAUCACAGAGCUGAGACAAUCCCCACCAGCUCAACAGGACAGAUGAAGGAACACCAACACCUCAAGUCAGCCCUAAUAACAUGUGGCUACCCCAACUGGGCACUCACCAAAGCCACAAACAAAAGACCCACCAACAGCAAAAAGGAUGAUAACAGAAAAAGGAGCAACAUUGUCAUUCCCUAUAUAUCAGGAUUAUCAGAAAAAACUAAAAAGAAUUUUUAAAAACCAUGACAUCCUGGUCCAUUUCAAACCAAUGACUACUCUGGGACAGAAACUGGUCCACCCCAAGGACAAAAUUGCCAGGGAAAAACAGAGCAACAUCAUAUACGCAGUCCAGUGCAGUGAGGAAUGCUCUGACCUUUACAUUGGUGAAA